CUCCGGCGCCUCCCAAGCGCCGCUCUCCGGCACAAAGCCCGCCCACUGCAUGCGCUGAGCCACCACUUCCGCCCUCACCUCCCUCCAAGCAAGAUGGCUGAGGAGCCGGAGUCUGCGCUGCAGCUCCCUCCCUCAGUUGCUGCUGAAGGUGAAGGACCCACGGAGGUCUCCCCAGAAACAGCCACUCCGGAGCCCCCAUCUUCCGCUGCAGUCUCUCCGGGAACAGAGGAACCUGCCGGUGACACCAAGAAGAAAAUUGACAUCCUGCUAAAGGCUGUGGGAGACACUCCUAUAAUGAAAACAAAGAAAUGGGCUGUAGAGCGAACCCGAACCAUCCAAGGACUCAUUGACUUCAUCAAAAAGUUCCUUAAACUGGUGGCUUCAGAACAGUUGGUAAUCAAUAUACCUUUGCCAUGUGCUGUGGAAGAACUAAGAGGUGAUUACAAUAUAUCUGCACUAAGGAGGACUUAAGGAACUGGAGCAGUCUAUCCCCUGAGAACUCUCAAAACAGACUCCGGCUCCCUUCCAAGACAAGAUACCACACUGAAGAGGAACUUCUGGAAGUGAAACACAUUUAAGCAGGGAAAGGAAGGAAAAAGAAGGACCUGGUCAAAAUGGAGAGGAACAACCUGGAAAGCUCAGAAAGCAGAGCUGCGGGACUUCCCUUAACUGGUGCAGUGGUUAAGAAUCCGCCUGCCAAUGCAGGGGACAUGGGUUUGAUCCCUGGUCUGGGAAGAUCCCACAUGCCGUGGAGAACUAAGCCCAUGCGCCACAACUGCUGAGCCUGCGCUCUAGAGCCCGUGAGCCACAACUACUGAAGCCCGCACGCCUAGAGCCUGUACCCCACAACUAGAGAAAGCCCAUGUGCAGCAACGAAGACCCAGUGCAGCCAUAAAUAAAUAAAAUGUUAAUUGUUAAAAAAAAGAAAGAAAGAAAGCACACCUCCAUAUUGUUCAGCACUAUACAAAAAACAACAGUAGAGGGAGCUCUGUGGAGUUAGAAAAACUACACUAACCCAUUUCAUUCUAAAAGUUGAAGAAAACUGAUUUCAUAUACAAGUAAGCAACAGAGGAGUAUCAAGGUCAAAUCCUGCACAAUGUUAUAAGGAAGCAAAAUAAAGAACAGAGUAACAUCCCUAAAGACAAUGAAAGCAUGCCAGAGAAAAAUGUGCCUACAAGCAAGUCAGUAACUGAUUUAUUAUGUCAAAACAAGUGUCAAAAGGAAGGUGAUAGAAGACGCGAAAUAACAACAUAAAUCAGCAGUAGGAAAACUUGAAGUGACAGAGCUCAGGAAAAGAAUUAUAGGUUAAAAGUUAUUUCAGAAAUGAGACUAAACUAGAUGGAAUAUAAGAGCAAAUAAACAACAGGUAAUGGCUGAAGAAAAAUAGAAGAAAAAAAAAGAAUUUUCAAAGUCAAAAAGAUAUACCUAGGAAUAAACAUACCUAAGGAGGUAAAAGACCUAUACUCUGAAAACUAUAAGAAACUGAUGAAAGAAAUAGAAGAUGGGCGGGUCUGGGCAAGAUGGCGGAAGAGUAAGACGUGGUGAUCACUUUCCUUCCCACAGAUACAUUAGAAAUACAUCUACACGUGGAACUGCUCCUACAGAACACCCACUGAACGCUGGCAGAAAAUGUCAGACCUCCCAAAAGGCAAGAAACUCCCUAAGUACUUGGGUAGGGCAAAAGAAAAAAGAAAUAACAGAGACAAAAGAAUAGGGACGGGACCUGCACCAGUGGGAGGGAGCUGUGAAGGAGGAAAGGUUUCCACACACUAGGAAGCCCCUUCGUGGGCGGAGACUGCGGGUGGCAGAGGGGGGAAGCUUCAGAGCCAUGGAGAAGAGCGCAGCCACAGGGGUGCGGAGGGCAAAGCGGAGAGAUUCCCGCACGGAGGAUAGGUGCCGAGCAGCACUCACCAGCCCGAGAGGCUUCUCUGCUCACCCGCCGGGGCGGGCGGGGGCUGGGAGCUGAGGCUCGGGCUUCGGUCGGAUCCCAGGGAGAGGACUGGGGUUGGCGGCGUGAACACAGCCUGAAGGGGUUAGCGCACCACAGCUAGCCAGGAGGGAGUCCGGGAAAAAGUCUGCAGCUGCUGAAGAGGCAAGAGACUUUUUCUUGCCUCUUUGUUUCGUGGCGCUCAAGGAGAAGGGGAUUCAGAGCGCUGCCUAAACGAACUCCAGAGGCAGGCGCGAGCCGUGGCUAUCAGCGCGGACCCCAGAGACGGGCAUGAGACGCUAAGGCUGCUGCUGCUGCCACCAAGAAGCCUGUGUGCGAGCACAGGUCACUCUGCACACCGCCCCUCCUGGGAGCCGGUGCAGCCCGCCACGGCCAGGCUCCCGUGAUCCGGGGACAACUUCACCGGGAGAACGCAUGGUGUGCCUCGGGCUGGUGCAAUGUCACGCCGGCCUCUGCUGCCGCAGGCUCGCCCCGCAUCCGUACCCUUCCCUCUGCCCCGCCUGACUGAGCCAGAGACCCUGAAGCAGCUGCUCCUUUAACCCCGUUCUGUCUGGGCAGGGAACAGACGCCCUCAGGUGACCUACACGCAGAGGCGGGUCCAAAUCCAAAGCUGAACCCCGGGAGCUGUACGAACAAAGAAGAGAAAGGGAAAUCUCUCCCAGCAGCCUCAGAAGCAGUGGAUUAAAGCUCCACAAACAACUUGAUGUACCUGCAUCUGUUGAAUACCUGAAUAGACAACGAAUCAUCCCAAAUUCAGGAGGUGGACUUUGGGAGCAGGAUAUAUUAAUUUUUCCCCUUUUCCUUUUUUUGUGGGUGUAUAUGUGUAUGCUUCUGGGUGAGAUUUUGACUGUAUAGCUUUGCUUUCAUCAUUUGUCCUAGGGUUCGGUCCGUCCUUUUUUUUUUUUUUUUUUACUUAAAAAUUUUUUUUUU